UUGUUUUUAAGACUCAAAAAAAAAUCUCCUUAACCGAUCAAUAACGUAGACAAUAUUUUGUCUAUUUUUCCAUCUGUGGAUAAAUUGGUAUUUUUGUUAAUCUAAUUCUUUUAUUCGUAAUAGAAAAUACGGAAGUUGAACUGCGUUAUAUUAGUUUGUAAUUUUCCUUUCCGACGUAAGCUCCACUUGUCACCUCCCCUGCUAUUUCCCUACCCUACCAUCAUCCACCGUCCCAAUGGUGUGAUCUCAUGAUGAGCUCCUCUCCAGCAGUAGAGCCGUCCUCGCCUUCUACUACCACGCCGUCAUCGCCAGCGCUGCGGUCGGGGGAUAGUACACAUUUUCACACGUCGACGCCGAAUUACACGAAUAAGAAACAGAACAAUACACAAUGGAACGUUGUAUUACCCGCCACCUCGACAAAUCCACCUGCCGUCGCUGAGACAACGUUGACGCCCCCGCCGCGCUCGCCCGGCGCUGCGCCCGCGCACACGCCUGCAUCCGGCGACGGCAGGGGCCACCCCCCAGACGGCACCUCCUCUGACAAGUCAUCUGAGACGGCGGCUGGAGUGUCCCGCGCGCCUAGCACGGCACUCUCACGCAAAGAGAGUUACAAAGCUCAGAGACAGCAUUAUAGAAGAGAGAAGAAGAGAGCAGCGUCCGCUCUGCUACAUUCUAUAGAAGAUCCCACUGUUGUUGUACUAGCUGAUUGGCUAAAGGUGCGGGGAUCUUUAAAAUCGUGGACUAAACUCUGGUGCGUUCUGAAACCUGGCAUCUUGUUGUUGUACAAGAGUCCAAAGGCAAAGAGCAGUCACUGGGUUGGCACCGUGUUGUUGACAUCUUGCCGUGUGAUUGAGAGGCCGAGUAAGAAGGACGGCUUCUGUUUCAAACUCUAUCAUCCUCUAGAACAGAACAUCUGGGCACCUCGAGGACCACACAACGAGACAAUCGGUGCAGUUGUACAACCAUUACCAACAGCACAUCUGAUAUUCCGAGCACCAUCUCAAGCUGCAGGUCAUUGUUGGUUGGAUGGACUAGAACUAGCUCUACAAUGCAGCAAUGCUAUGCUCAGAUGUUCCCGGUCUCGACCGGAGACCACACUGGAGCCGGAGACUCCGGUCGCGCAGACCAACAUCUCUCAUGAGGAGCUCGAGAGGCAUUUCAAUGAGCACGAGUUAGCGAGCGCUGCCUCGGAUACGGAUAGCGAGGGUUCCCGAGCGAUGGUCGACGCCCAACGAGAGGACCCCGCGAUUCGGCGGCAGGACGUCCUCGCCAGGAUACAGAGUCUGUAUGUAGAAGAUCCUGACAGAGAGAUCGGUGUGGCAGGGGAAUUAGUGGAAGAAGUGGCGGAAGAGAAUAAAUCUUUACUCUGGUUUUUAUUGAAGCAAGUGCGACCCGGCAUGGAUCUAAGUAAAGUGGUGUUGCCUACAUUUAUAUUGGAACCAAGGUCGUUCUUAGACAAGUUGUCGGAUAAUUAUUAUCAUGCGGACAUAUUGGGCAAGGCCCAAUCUCUAGAGGACCCUUACCAAAGGUUCAAAUGUGUACUCCGUUGGUACCUUUCGGGUCUUUAUCGUAAACCUAAGGGCCUCAAAAAGCCCUACAACCCAGUGCUGGGAGAGAUAUUCAGAUGCUGUUGGAAAGAUAAACAAGGGGAGUCGUAUACCUAUUAUAUUGCGGAACAAGUGUCCCAUCACCCACCAGUUUCUGCCUUCUACGUUUCGAAUAGAAAGGAUGGUUAUGUUAUCGAAGGUAGUUUGUUAGCCAGAUCUAAGUUUUACGGUAACUCGACGUCCGCCAUAUUGGAGGGGUGCGCUCGUAUCCAUUUACUAAACUGGGGGGAGACGUAUAUUACCACAGCGCCUUACGCACAUUGCAAGGGAAUUGUUAUUGGUACACUUAGUAUGGAACUAGGUGGUAAGGUUCACAUAAUAUGUCAAGAUACGGGAUAUCAAGCGGAUGUCGAAUUUAAACUAAGGUCUUUCCUUGGCGGUGCUGAUCAAACUAAUGCAAUAUCAGGAAGGAUUAAAAAGGGAAAAGAUACAGUAGCUACUGUUGAAGGAUAUUGGGAUGGAAAGAUAGAAAUAAAAGAUAAAAGAACUGGGGAAGAAACGAAUCUUUUAGAUGUUAAUAUACUAAAAGAACAGCGGAUGCCGAGAUAUUUGAUGAAGUUGGAAAAUCAACAGGAAUUUGAGUCUCAAAGACUUUGGCUGAAAGUAUCCGAAGCUAUACUUAAUGAUGAUCAGGUGGCGGCAACAGAGCAAAAGACUAUAAUAGAAGAAGCUCAAAGGACUCGUGCUAGGAAUCUCCUCUCACCCUGGAUACCACGACUGUUCCGUAGAGACUCACGAGCUGUGCCUGAAGGUAUAAUUGAUCAAGGUUGGAGAUACAACCACGCUAAUACUAGUCCAUGGCAGCCGGAAGAGAUAGUGGAAUACGAGGAGGAGUUUGUGAUAUCUUCAGCUCUGAGGCGUACGGAGAGACCUCGUGAACCUCCGCCACCUUCAGACUCUGACAGCAGAGAUGAGCUGGCGCGAAGAUCUAAGACAUCCACACGAACUUUAAAACAAGCUCUAAUAGCAAUUGAUACUUCAUUACGCGAACAAUCAAUAGCUUUAGAGAGAUUGACCAGAACUGUAGAACUAUUCAGUGAAAGCCAUCGUAUAGCCGACCAGAUGAGGCCGACCCCUCGCCCUGUUCCUUAUUCCCACGCGUGGGAUAUGUUCGCGGGGUUCAUCUUAGCUAUGCUGGUCCAGGUCUUGAUAAAUUGGCUCUUCUAAGACUGAACGGUUUACGGUACCUUGGAAUAUGAAAGUUUAUUCGUAACUUUGAAUUUUAAAAGACAGGACUCAGUUAAUUGCGUUUCCGCUCUGACAAAUUAUCAAUUAAAAGUUCUAUAUAUGCUUGUGUAGUCGUUUUUUGUGUGUGAUUUUUUUUUUAGUUUUUGUUUCUCUAAU